UACAUAUUUAAAUCCCCCGGGUCGGUUAUUCAGCGUUUUGCAACAAAUAACUUUUCCUUUUUUUAUUUUCUUUCUAUCGUUGGACUCGUUAUAACUGGUUUAAUGUCGUAAAUGACAGGUCGGUAAGGGCGUCGUUGUUGGAAGUUUUUUCGAGGGGGGGUUUUGACCAGCAAAAGGGCCAUGGCAGUCGAGGCUCGGACGGAGCUGGUCGGGAAGCGGUUCCUCUGUGUCAGCGGGGAAGAGCCGCCCGAAAUCGGCGACAUAGGUCGGUGGCCGUGGAGGUCUGGGGUCAUACGAGCCGUUAACCAUCGUGACAGCGACAAUCCCGACCUGACGGUAUACGUGGAGUUUGAUGACCAGGAGUGGGAGAAGAGAGAGUGGGUGAAGGUCUAUGAGGAUUUCCAGCUGUUUCUACUGGAGCACCAGCUGGUCUGGGCCAAGAGGAAGGAGGGAGCAGUAGGAGGAGCAGGAGGCCUGCUGCAGGGAACCAAGACCAAACACAUACAGUGGCCUGCCCUGGCGUUUAAGCCAGUGGUGGGGAAGAGCCUGCUGUCGUCAGUAACAGCAUUGGAAUUCUUGUUAGACCGACAGCUGGACUUCCUGUCUGACCAUUCAGCCUUCCAACCAUACCAGGAUGAGGUGGACAGUCUGAACCCAGUGUUAAGAGACAACCAUCAGCUCCAUGAAGAAGUGAGGGGCUGGCUCAAAGACCAGAAGGUGCAGGAGAUUUUUAUGCAAGGUCCCUAUUCAUUGAAUGGCUACCGUGUGCGCGUGUACAGACAAGACUCGGCCACCCAGUGGUUCACUGGCAUCAUUACACACCACGACCUCUUCAGUCGAAACAUGGUCGUUAUGAAUGACCAGGUGCUCGAGCCUCAGAACGUGGAUCCAUCUAUGAUCCAGAUGACCUUUCUGGAUGAUGUGGUCCACUCCCUGCUGAAAGGAGAAAACAUCGGCAUCACUUCCAGACGAAGGUCACGAUCCAGCCAGAACAACAACAGCGCCCAUAUGGCGGGAGGGAGACCCGGCGGGACCACUGGCAACACUCAGAGUCAUUACACACGAGCCCAAGCCAACAGCCCCCGCCCCAUCAUGACCACAUCGGGCCCCAACUCAAAAGGUUCCCAGGGAACGCUAGCCUCUCAGCAGCAGAGCCAAUCACAGCAAAGCCAGCAAACAGCCAGCCAAUCACACCUCUCGCCCGGCGGCAGUGGGAGGGAGCAGAGAGAGCAGCGCAACGCUCGCUCUUCCAGAAGGAAAGGAUCAGACAGCAGUGUUCCUGAGGAGGACAAGGACAGGAGAGAAGAGCCCACAGUGAGAGACCCCAAAAAGGCCAAACAGGCGGUGAACAAACGCAGGAAGGGGGAGGAAGAUGAGAAGAAGGCCAGUCUGAAGAGGCUGAAGACUGACAUGACCUCUGACCUGUCAGAGAGCAGUGAUUCAGAGAACCCACACAACAAGAGCACCGUCCACUCCUCAUGCUCCUCUUCCUCCUCAUCGUCUUCAUCAUCCUCCUCCUCCUCCUCUUCCUCCUCCUCAGAGCCCAACUCUGAGAACGAGCUAAAGACUCGCAGCAACGAUGUGAAACAAACCGCGGUUUCCAAAAAGGAGGAAGAGGAGAAACCGCUGAAGCAGGUCACUAAAAUGAAUGAUUCCUCGUCUCUCAUUGGUCGCCUGUCCCCGUGGGCGGAGCUUCAGGCAGGAGAGGACAGCAAGAAAGGUGUGGUUAAGGAAACGGGCAAAAUGACAACAAAGGAGGAAGAGGAAUUGGUCGCUGUAACACAGAUCACCCAGUCUCCACGGCAACAGACUCCUCUGAUGUCUGACAGCCAAGGAGGCUGCACGGAGAGCAGCAAGAACACUGUGAAAGCUUCAACUCAGUCCCAGACGCCAUCGUUGUCCCACCUUGGCGGCGGCAGUGUGAUCGACAUCACAGAUGAUGCCCAGGCCACGGUGCACCAGGAGAGUUCUGAGGCAGUGUCAGCGCUGCUCGCCUCACAGAAGGCAGAGUCCACAGCGCUCUCACCUUACCUCCCCCUCAACCCCUCCCCUGUCUCCUCGCCUCCUGUCCCUCCUUCUCCCUCGCCAUCAGAAGGAGGCCGCAGGACAGAUAUUGAGCCUUCCAUGCAGCAGCAGCAGAGCAUUAUAGGUGGUGGUUUGACAGCAGCCAGGAGCUUAGGCAACAAGAUGGAGUUUGCUCCCUCUGAGGUCAUCAGGCCUGUCACAUCGGUGGUUGAAAAUGUGUUGCUGGUGGAGAAGGAGAAAACUGCCCUUCCUCCUCAUCAACAGCAGCAGCAGCAGCAGCGCACACCACAAAAGCAACACUACACAUCUAUCCACCCAAUCAUUAAGAGCCCGUCUCUAUCUGAGGAGACGAGAAAACAUCCACAGCAACUCCCGCCCCCCCACAAGAUGAACACAGUCCUCUCUACUGACUUCACUAAAUCCAAAAUGAGCCCCAACCCAGCUCAGCUGGACUCCCUGAAACAGAAACCCCAGCACCCCAACAACUCUCAGAGCCAUCCACACCCCAACACGAAUCCAGCUGACCUUCUCAAAGCUAAAACCCACCCGAGCCUGCUGGACAUCUCCAAACCUAAACCCAACACCUCCCCAGAGGUCUCUAAACAUAAAAUACAGAGGUACUCUGAUCCCUCCCCACCUCCGAUAGGCCGCUUGUCAGCUAAAGUAGAAACAGCAGAACCCCCGCGGUCGGGCUUUAAGCCGGUGCCGAUGCGGUCGGAGUCCGGUGGAGUCAGUACGAGCAGCAGCACCAAGAGCCCUCUCAUCAUCGACAAGAACGAGACCUUCACUGUUUACAGAGACCCGGCGCUGGUCCGCUCAGACGCAGAGAACUCUGUCACUGCCACCGUCUCCUCCAACCACGUGGCAGCCUAUCUCCACCCCCACCUGCACCCCCUUCAUUCCUCCUCCCCUCACUCCCCCUGCCUCACCUCCGCAUCCCACCCCCAUGCCGCCUCCCACCUCCUCGCCCCUCCUCACACCUCUGCCCUACCGCACCCGCACCUUUUACCCCCAGGGGUGCUCCCGGCCAUGCCUCCUCCUGCAGCAUCUCUCCUCGGGGGCCAUCCUCGGCUCGACUCCCCCAGCGGGUUGGGCCACCUCACCCUGCCUCACCCAGCAGCCGCACAUCAGCAGCAGUUCCUACAGGCUCAGGGCCCCCCUCCACCCCCUCUACUAGCACAGGCCCACAGCGGGGCAGCAGGGCUGGGCCUUUACCCCAUCCUCUGGCAGUACCCCAACGGAACACCAACCUCCUACCCCCAAGGGCUCAACCUGCCCCCCACGGCCAAGUGGGUCCACCCUGAAAAUCCAGUCACCGUGAAUUCCGAGGUUUCUCUCAGGAGGAACACAGCCAGUCCGUGGCUGCACCAGGCUGCCGGUGGUGCUGGUGAUCUGGGGUUGCUGAGCCACGUCCCCAAUCGGCCAGCCAGUGCCGACGCCCACCGCCCCUCUGUCAAGAUGAAUACACAUGCAAGCCCUCCACUGUCAAAGGCCAGCAUGAACGCACAUAAAGAAGAUGUGGAUAAGAAAGGCUUUGUGGACCCAAUCAGGACGUUGACAUUGGCCCAGCUGAAACAGGAGCAGACAGACAGGAGUCGAACCCCCACAGGGAAAGAAGUCCACCUACACCGCCUCUACCUAGACCCCCACAGCAAGGCUCGCAUGGAGGCAGUUCAGGCAGCGGACCGAGCCAGUAAAUACAAAGAGGAGAAUCGACAAAUCUUGAAAGAGAGCAUCGAGGUGGCUCCCUACACAGCUAAGAUCCAGCGCUCCAGUGACUCCGGGAUGGACAGGGACAGAGAGAGGAGCAGAGAUCCAGCCUUCCCUGUCCGGUUACCAGCUCUUUCCUCCCCAAGCCCAAAGGCCGGCCACAUCCAUCCCCACAUUAUCCAAUCAGAAAAGAGCAACUACUUCACCACGCUGUCCAACAGUGUAGUGAAUGAGCCUCCAAGACUUUACCCCUCCAAGGAGCUCAGCUCUUACUAUGAGAAAGUGUCUGGCGGAAUUCCAGGGGUUGUGGCCAGCGUCGCGGCCGCUGUGCCCAGCCAGGGAGCUCUGUCCCUGGGCAGCUAUAGCUCUAAAGCCUCCCUCUCCAAGCCCCCUCCCCUCAUCAAGCAUCAGCCAGAGGGAGGAGAGGGUUUAGCAGGGAAAAUCAAUGAGCAGCUCAGCCAGCAGGUGACACUGGUCCAACAGCAACAUCCGCAUCACGCAGGUAUAGACAGGAUAGAACGCCGCAGCCCUGUCAUUUCUUCUCCCUCUUCUACAUCUCCCUCUUCCUCCUUAGCAGCCAACCACCUCCAUCAUCACCACCACCAUCAACACCACCAACACCACCAACAGCAGCAACAGCAGCAGCAGCAGCAACACCAGCUCAGGGCAAUGCCAUCCCUCCACCGAGCGCCUGUCUUCCAUCCGCCCACACAGCACGCACUGGAACGCAAAGAUGCUGCAGAACGAGAGAGGGAGCGAGAGAAGGAAAGAGAGCGAGAGAGGGAGAGAGCAGGUUAUGGAGGACGCCUGUCUCCACCAACCCUCACACCCAUCCAGCCAGUUAGCUUAGCGGCAGCUGGUAGCAAGACAUCAGCGGAGCAGCAGAAGCCCCCCACACUGCUGCCAGAACUCAGGGACGUCAAAGGUCAUAGAAAUGCUGCCAUCGUCACCUCUGUGGCCUCAGCCAUCAGCGGGGAGAUUAUGACUUCACCUACAGACGCAUGGAGAGAAAGAGGAGGCUCAUUCUCUGCAGAGAAAGGCAUGUCUCAGGGCAAGCCCCAAGCUGCAAUGGCAUCAGUCAUUGUGCGUCCAUCGACAUCUAUUAAAUUCGACAGUCCUGUUGGUGCUAAUAAUUCUGGUGCUAUGAUCCUUAAGGAGCUCCCCCAGGGGAGGUUCUACCCAUCUAAGUUUCAAGGGGAAUGUCUCAGACUAGGGGAGAGUUUUAGAGACGCUGUAGCCGGCAGGAUUAUCCAACCCAACUCGAACCUGGACGACAUGUGUGUCCAGUAUAAAAAUACUUCUAUGCGUGGCAUGCAUGGCAUUAUGGGAGCCAGUAUCACAAACUCUGUGUGCAGGACUGGCAUUUCAUCAGCUUUUGGCAUACAGAGUAUGACUGGGACAGCCAUCCCUGAGCUUGGCUACUCAGUCUCAGCUCGGGGAGAGAUUUCAGCCCAUAAAACUGGCAUUUGUGGCCGGGUGCUGAGCCAUUCAGGACCAGGAGAGUACCAGGAGUGUUUAGGCCCACGUACCACAUCUCCAGGGGGGUCUCUGCCUACCCCUAGUCCAGCAGGGACACCCCAGCCCACUCCAAGCCUCACCCCAACACCUAGCUCAAUUUGUGGCCCCAGCCAGCCUUACUCCCCCUCCUUUGUCCACCUUAAGAAGCACAAAGCUGCCUUGGCUGCAGCCCAAUCCAGAAGCAACUUCUCCUCUGCUCCCACAUCCAUCACAACUGGAAACUGCUUCCUACCUGUGGAUUCAAUAGACAAAACUCCCAUUCACAACUCGCCCACUCCACCCUCCUCCAGCCAAGCCUCAUCAUCUUCCGUUGACAGCAGUAGCAACAGCUCGGCAAACGGGAGCAUAACAACAGGCAAGUCCAGCCCCCUACCUAACGGCCAGACCUCUGGAUCAGCCUCAACAAGUCAGCCCAAUAAUUAUCACAAAUUGAAGAAAGCCUGGUUAACCCGGCACUCUGAGGAGGACAGAAACACAACUGCUAAUACAAGUUCCACCACCACCACUACUAAACCAGAGAAAGUGCCCAGCACCUCCACCAGCACAAGUAACACCACAGCCAUGUCAGAAAUGAUCAAACCCUGUACAGUCAAUCUCAGCGCCUCCACCUCUAGUGAGGUGGAAAUGAACAAAGACAGUGGAAGCAAACUGGAGAGAGAUAGGCAGGAGGAGAAGGUGGGAGGAGCAGCAGGAGGCGGAGGGGAGGAGAGGAAAGCACCUCCCUCUUUAAGGCGAGGGAACAAACGGUCAUACGAGUCCGCUUCAGAGAGCGGGGGAGACGACUCCGACGCCAGUGAGAGCAAAAUGGAGGGCCGAGCCAAGCGUCAGCCUAAACCGACCUACAAGAAGAAACAGAAUGAUAUGGCGAAGAAGAAAGGAGACAAUGAAAAGGAGGAAGAUGACGUGAAGCCUAACGGCAUCUUCAGAUCAGCCCGAGAGAAGACUAAACUCAAACUCGCCAGCACCAAUGGGAUCCCCCGCUCUGUCCUGAAGGACUGGAGGAAGGUGAAGAAGCUGAAGCAGACGGGAGAGUCCUUCCUGCAGGAUGACUCGUGUGCUGAAAUUGGACCCAACAUGCAGAAGUGUCGGGAGUGCAGGGUGGUCCGCAGCAAGAAGGGAGAGGAGUCGACACAUUCACCCGUCUUCUGUCGCUUCUACUAUUUCAGACGACUUUCCUACAGUAAAAAUGGAGUCAUCCGGAUGGAUAGCUUCUCCAAUCCAGACCAGUUUGAUGAUGAAGCCCUGUCCCUGUGGGUCCCUGGGCUGAUGGAGGAGAUCCAUCUGGACCAAACCACUGCCAAGUACAUCCUCAGCUUCAUAGGAGACAAGUUCUGUCAGAUGGUUGUGACUGAGAAUACUGCAGCCACCUGGGUCAAGAAGGAUGCCAAGCUGGCGUGGAAGCGAGCGGUUAGGGGGGUGAGGGAGAUGUGUGACGCCUGUGAGGCAACACUCUUCAACAUCCACUGGGUCUGUCAGAAAUGUGGCUUUGUUGUCUGUUUGGACUGCUACAAGGCCAAGGAGAGGAGGAGCUCCAAAGAUAAAGAACUAUAUGGCUGGCUCAAGUGCGUGAAAGGCCAACCCCACGAUCACAAACACCUGAUGCCCACGCAGAUAAUCCCUGGCACAGUUCUGGCAGAAUUGGUGACUUCCAUGCACUCUCUGAGAGAAAAACACAGCAUCAAAUCCCACUGUCCCUGCACCAACAAGCAGAACCUCCUCACCAAACUACCAGCAACCAACGGAGUCUCACAGGUUCUGCAGAAUGUCCUGAACCACAGUAACAAACUGUCUAUGGUGAAAGCUGAGCCGGGCUCUCAGCAGAACUCUGACCAAGGAGGAACAAAGGCAGAGACUAACGGAGGAGGUGGUGGAGGAAGCAGUCCAGGCAGCGAUGCAGGAAGUGCUCCUGUCACCCCACCCGAGUCCCAGUCACCUCUGCACUUCCUGGCUGAUCUGGCAGAGCAGAAAUCCAGGGAGGAAAAGAAAGAAAACAAGUCAGUGCUGCUGGGUAAAUUAGUGAAGGAAGACAAGGUGGGGGACAGCCUGGAGGUCCUGCAGCAGUGUAAAACCACCUCAUUGGUGUCUAAUAGUACAGAGCAGGGCUCCACACUCCGAGAUCUGCUCACCACCACCGCAGGGAAGCUGAAGCUGGGCUCUACUGAUGCUGGAAUUGCCUUUGCACCAGUCUACUGUAAUACACAGACUGGAAAAGGUGGGAGGACCAUGCCCAAUAUCCUUGAUGACAUCAUUGCUUCAGUAGUUGAGAAUAAAAUCCCUGCCAACCGCCAGAACAUCACCACCAAACUGUCAAUCAAGCAUGAGCCUGUCACCCCGGGCAACAACAACAUCCCUGUCCCUGUUAUUACUGACGAUGCCAAACCAGACAGGAAGAAGUCAGUGCAUGUCCCUGCAGCAGUGCCAGAAGAAUCAACCAAUCAGUAUCCAGAUAUUCCUCACUGCUGGUUAAACAAUAGGAGGUUACUGUGGCUCAAAGAUCACCGCAAUCAGAACAACUGGAAGCUGUUCAGAGAGUGCUGGAAACAAGGACAGCCUGUGUUGGUGUCAGGGAUCCAUAAGCGACUAAAUGGCGCCCUGUGGAAAGCUGACUCCUUCAACCAGGAGUUUGCAGAUCAUCAGGGAGAUCUGCUCAACUGUAAAGAUCAGGUGGUGUCCAACUCCGGGAUCAAGGAGUUCUGGGAUGGGUUUGAGGACAUCACCAAGCGGCCCAAGUCAAAGGAUGGAGAACCUAUGGUGUACAGACUGAAGGACUGGCCGUCUGGAGAGGAGUUCAUGGCCCUCAUGCCCUCAAGAUAUGAUGACUUGAUGAAGAACCUACCCCUGCCGGAGUAUUCUGAUCCAGAGGGCAUCCUCAACCUGGCCUCCCACCUGCCGUCUUUCUUUGUCAGGCCAGAUCUGGGGCCAAGACUAUGCUGUGCAUACGGCGUAGCUGCGUCUCAGGACCAGGACUUUGGGACUGCCAACCUCCAUGUGGAAGUGUCAGACGUCGUCUCUGUUCUGGUCUAUGUAGGAGUAGCUAAAGGCAAUGGAGUCCUGUCCAAAACUGGAGUGUUGAAGCGUCUGGAGGAGGAGGAUCUAGACGAGGGGGUUCGAAGGAGGCUCAAAGACUCCAGUGAGACCCCGGGGGCGCUGUGGCACAUCUACCUCAACAAAGACAUGGACAAAGUGCGAGAGUUCCUGCACAAGGAGCAGGGAUUGGAUGUGUCGCCAGACCAGGACCCAAUCAGAGAGCAGGGCUUGUACCUGAGCAGGAAGCAGCGUCAGCGGCUGCUGGAUGAACACGAAGUCCAGGGAUGGACUGUAGUUCAAUUCCUGGGAGACUCUGUACUCAUACCAGCAGGGGCCAUGCACCAGGUCCAGAACCUCCACAGCUGUGUCCAGGUCAUCAAUGACUUUGUGUCUCCCGAGCACGUGGCCAACUCCUUCCACCUGACCCAGGAGCUGCGGCCUAACAAAGAGGAGGUCAACUAUGAGGAUAAACUACAGGUGAAGAACAUUCUAUACCACUGUGUGAAGGAGGCGGUGAGCUCUCUGAAGAGGGGCAGCUCUGAGGAAGACGAUGAGGAAGAGAACUCAUGACACGCCCUCCGCCUCGCCUUCCAGAGGGGGACAAGAUUCCCAUCAGCACCUCGCUCUCUCCACACCCACUUCCUCACUUGGAGGACUGUGUCACAGGAGGUCGGCGGGUCAGAGCUGGUCAAGUGACCCAGGGGACCUCACGGUGUGAAGUGCACCUGCAUAACACAUCCAGGAGGCACGCCCCACAUCAUCAUCAAACCUUCAGUGCCAAGAGGAGACAAACACAAGACCAGAGGGGCCGCUGCACUGACAGGGAUUCAACUCAGGCAGGACAGAGGACAGCAUGUAGGCUGGGAGCCUUACAAACAGCACUACAAACCUCCACUGAAACCAAACUCUUUUUUGUGACUGAUGGUGCGUUUCUAUGGAGACUCAGACUGUCCUGUAACAUAAAGUUGUCAGCAGCAGUGAUGAUGGAGACACUGAGCACCCUGCUGCUCUCUCACUGUAAUCUGCUGUGGAUUAUGAAGGCCAGGAGGUUUAAUCCCUGUCUGUAGCAGCAGCCAACACAACGACAGCAUCACCAGCAGCAAGCAGCAUCAGGAUCCAAACUGUCAUCUCUGCUGUUCAAAAAAUAUAUAAGAAAAAAAAAAGAUUUGAGGGGAAAAAAUGCAAAAGAGAAAUGUGAGAAGUUUCAGUCAGCAGGCAGCGAGCUCUGCUGCUCCCUCGUUUGUUGUUCCGUCUGUAAUUUGUCUGUUCUCGUCCUUUUUUUCUAGUUCUAUCUGUCUGUUGCUGUCUUGUUCUUAAUUUUCUUUUUAAUACGAACAUUGUUUUAUUUCCUCUGUGAAGAUGUAUUUAUUUUAUAGCUGUAUGAUAUGCGAUGUUAUUGAGACAAAAAAGCAAAUGUAAAUGUGAGUUGUACAGUUUCUUUUUUUCUUUUUUUUAGUAUGUGGUUUUCAGUUGUAAUACGGCUCUACUGUGAUGGAGGACACACACGUGCACACACACACACACACACACACACACACACACACACACACACACACACACACACCAGCUAAUGCCUGUAACUUUGGGAAAUGUUGAUGCUCUACAGUCCUCAUGCCAUAAAUACAUUUUUUUGAAAAUGAACUGCCAAACUAUUGUAAAGACUGUGUAAAGUUGUAUUAUGUAAAGAAAGAACAAAAUGGCUUAUACACUUCAGCAUUUUAUGAAAAAAGUAUUUGCUGUAAAAUUGAGACAUUUACAGAAAAGAUGUAAUUUAUUUAAGAAAAGAAUGAAUUGUCUUGUUUUUUGUUUAGUUAAGAUUUACUAUGGUGAACUUUUGAAGUUAAAAGAUAAAAUAAUGAAAAUGUUUACUAUAAUGUGUAAAUAUAUACAUAUAUACAUUCACUGAGGUAUUUUUUUAAAACAUGGCUUGCUUCAAUUUCAAAUUUUAAAGUGCAAGUGUUACAUGCUUUGUACAUUGAAGUUCAAAGGGUUUUACAUUUUCCAUUAAAAUGGAUUUAUCAAAC